AACCCCAGAGACAGCUCAAAUUAAUUUCCCCUCAAUGAAGCAAAUUGCGUUGAUGUCCGCCUGCUUUGUCAUGUAACGCUAACCUAACGCUGCUUUAUAUGUAAACGUGCAUAAAAGGCCCAAAGCGCUAAGACUGCUUUUUCCAACACUUGUUGGCUUUGCAAGCGAGUCAGGUCUGUAACACAGGACCCACAGCACUGCACGCCAGACUCCAUUUGGAUCGCUCACAAACUGACGCCGCUCCUCGGAUAACAAGCUAAAGUGAGCAGGGCGGGAGCGGCCGCUGCAAACCGGGCAUAAAGUCAUAGAAACGCAGUUUUCUUGUCGUCGGAAACGUGUUCAUCAGCGACCUCACGGGAGCCCAGUUCUUCAGCACAUGUCGAUUUGUUAGUAACGUAAGAUUUAUUUUAAUUUAUAGAUUAGAAACGGACCUUUCGGCAUAAAGAAGUCGGUUGCCAAGCAACACAUUUUUAAAGCAACAUGUCAGUGUGCUCAGUUUAAAAAACACAAAGGCCGGUUUUGAUCUGUCCAUGGAGGUGACGGAUGGAUUUGGGGGGAAUUUAAAAGAUCUCCUUCCCCGUUGUUUACGAGUCACACGUUGAAGUGCGCCCUGCUGUUUUAUUCCGAGCUCAGUCCUCAGUGUCAGGAUAAUGUAAGGCUUUUGCUGCAGUUCUUUCACAACAAGAUCAACCUCGGGAAUAUUUAGUGGCAACUUCUUUCGGUCUGUGUGCCAAGAUGGGAAACGGACUGUCGGAUCAUCGCUCGCUGCUCCCCUGCCUCCCCUGCUUUCAGGCUCUUCACAUUGUCAUUCUAGGACUGGACUGUGCAGGCAAGACCACUGUGCUGUAUCGCCUGCGUUUCAAUGAGUUUGUGAACACUGUCCCGACCAAGGGAUUCAACACAGAGAAGAUCAAAGUGUCUCUUGGAGGCAGCCGUCGGACUGCGUCUUUCCACUUCUGGGACGUAGGCGGCCAGGAGAAGCUGCGGCCUCUGUGGCGCUCGUACACGCGCUGUGCUGAUGGCAUUGUGUUUGUGGUGGACUCGGUGGAUGCCGAGCGCAUCGAGGAAGCCAAGGCAGAGUUGCACAAAAUCACACGGCUGGCAGAGAACCAGGGUGUGCCGGUCCUUGUGGUGGCUAACAAACAGGACCUGCGCAAUUCUCUUAGUUUGCCUGAGAUGGAGAGCAUGUUGUCUCUAGGUGAGCUCAACACUGCCACACCCUGGCACCUUCAGCCUGCUUGUGCCAUUAUCGGCGAGGGACUGCAGGAGGGACUGGAGAAGCUCCAUGCCAUGAUCAUGAAGAGGAGAAAGGUGCUGCGGCAGCAAAAGAGGAAGAGAUGAUGUGCUAGUAGAGGAACUACAAACUAUGAGCAGAAUCUAAAGCUGCACAAGUACGGCUGAAUACAACACUGGGUUUAGCUGGAACAGUGAUACCCAUUCUGUCAGUUGCCCCUUUUUGUUUGGGUCUGUUCCUUCAACUGAAAUGGCUUAAAGUCAGCCGGUGCUCCCACUGAGGACAGUGCAAUGGAUUCUGAAUGCAAACAGUCAUUCUAAAGUUAGUGCAGCAAUACGCCGAACUCUCAAAGAAGGACAAAAAGCUUUUGUGUUUAUUUGUUGAAACAUGCGCUGUACCAACUUAAAAACAAUCAAAUAAGUCUCGAUCGUGUAUAUUCCACCAAAGCUCUGAAAGUUGACAACGACUCACUAAGUACAGAAUCACUACUGACUCCUAGAAACAGCGUCACGUGUCACAAUCGCUACAGUUGAAUAGAAGCUAUUUUUCAGAGGUGCGCCUGUGUUCCUGCUGACACGUCUCGAUGACAUGACAAGAGUACACUUACACUAAUUGAUUUUCAUCAUCUGGUUACUGUUUAAACAUAACAGUAAUCAGUUUCUUCACUUGACAGCAGUGUCAAAAGACCAAAAUGUGACUCAUGUGAGUUGUUUUCUUAGCAUGAGGCUGCUUUUCAAUCAACUGCACCAAAAAAGGGCUUUAUAUACUCUCUGAUAUUAGAUUAUAUUACAAAAUGUAGUCAAUAAUUGACGUUAGUGCUCAAAUAUUUAAAGCUAACAACUAUAACUACUAUCAUAAAAAACCACAGUGAGAAGUCAGAGUCACACUUGGAGUAAGAUGACAAUCAGUCAGCAUUAUACUUUUUGAUAUGCAAGUGUCAUCUGCAUUGCUGCUAAGAUGUUAGUUUUCAGGUCACCAGCCACAUUUCUUCAUUUAUUAAGUUCUUCAGGGUCAUGUCUCCUUGUAUUGCAGAACAUAGACUGGACCCACAUGCUUUACUUGCAUUGUUGUAAUGUCUAAGCCCGUCCUGUGAUUACUGUGCCACUGUCAGUGCUGCUAACAUUGGAUAAAAACUGUGAUGUUAAACGUCAUCUGAGAAUUUAUUUUCAUGUUCAGUGAGUAGUGAUUGUUUCUUGUUUUUUUACUUCCUUUUUGUUGUAAGGCAUUAAUAAUACACUUUUAAAAGUAAUGCUCAAGUACUUUUUUGGACAUCGAUUAACAUGAUCAGAGUGGAAGCGUCGAAGCUGCUGCAGUGAGAUAAAAGGCUGAGCAGUUCUUACUGAUUGAGUUAAGGAUUCGCAGCCACCGGCUUUUGCACGUCUCAGUGCUAUGAACGCGAGCUUGUUCGCUUAUUCAAAGGUAGCCUAACGAGGCUUUACAAGUUUACAAUUUGGUAACUUUGUGGGAAAAACAGAAGCAAACUCGGUGUCACUGGUUCCAGCUGCACCACAUGUGCUGUUGAAGGUAAACGUGUUAUCGUGUGUCCUUGUGUGUAAGCAAAUGGGUUGUGUAGCACCAAACUACAGGACUGCAUCCAAAGUCGGGGUGCCCAUGGAUGACCGUGAUGGACAAUUAUUUGCUAUAAAACACGACUUUGAUUCCACUUCUUCAAAGGAAGGGAAUUGUACAUCAUGUGUUCAGUUAUACUAAUAAAAGUACAUUUGUAAA